GAUUGCAGUUCUGAUACAUACUAAAACAUGGAUGAAUAUUGACAACUUUAUGUUAAGUGAAAUAAACCAGACACAACAGGACAGAUAUUAUAUAAUUCCACUCAUACGAGAUUUCUGGGAUAGGUAAAUUCAACUUACACAACUCAACACCGAAAAAAACACAAAUAAUCUUAUUUUAAAAAUGGGCAGAAGACCUGAAUAGACGUUUCUCCAAAGAAGACAUCCGGAUGGCCAACAGACCCAUGAAAGGAUGCUCAACAUCACUAAUCAUCAGGGAAAUGCAACUGAAAAAUCACAAUGAGAGAGGCACCUGGGUGGUUCAGUCUGUUGAGCAUCUGACUCGAUUUCAGAUCAGGUCAUGAUCUCAGGGUUGCGGGAUAGAGCUCCAUGUUGGAUCCCUGCUGGGCGUGGAGCCUACUUAAGAUUCUCUCUCUCCCUCUGCCCUUCCCCCAACAGAGACAAGAAAUAACAAGUACUGGCAAGAAUGUGGAGAAAUAGAACCCUCGUGGACUUUUGGUGGGAAUGUAAAUUGGUGCUACGACUGUGGAAAGCAGUAUGAAGGUUCCUCAACACCCCAGCUGGGAAGCUCCCUAGGUAGAUCCUCCAGGAGAGCACAUGGAAAUGCUCAACCCACAGCACCUUCCCCUGCCUGGCAGGACUGUGCUGGUCCCCGCGGCUGAGGAAGCGGUGACCCAGAGCACCCCGGCGCUAACGCUAACGGCCGUGCCCCCUGCAGCCCUACAGCCAUAGCCCACACUCCCAGGCGCUGCUUGCUCCGCGAUGGGCUCUGCGCAGCCUCCGGGCCUCGCCCCGGAGACUGACACCAGGCCGGGGUCCCGGCGUGCCCGCUGAUGCCCCGGGCCCAGCUCCUCAUCACGCUCCGGUACCAUGCUGACCGCCUCCGCCAACAGCUCCGUCCUCCCAUGCCCCGACUACCGGGUCACCCACCGCCUGCACUUGGUGGCCUACAGCCUGGUGCUGGCCGCGGGGCUCCCCCUCAACGCGCUGGCCCUCUGGGUCUUCCUGCGCGCACUGCGCGUGCACUCCGUGGUCAGCGUGUACAUGUGCAACCUGGCGGCCAGCGACCUGCUCUUCACGCUCUCGCUGCCCGUGCGCAUCUCCUACUACGCCCUGCACCACUGGCCCUUCUCCGACCUCCUGUGUCAGACGGCCGGCGCCGUCUUCCAGACCAACAUGUACGGCAGCUGCAUCUUCCUGACCCUCAUUAACGUGGACCGCUACGCGGCCAUCGUGCACCCGCUGCGGCUGCGCCACCUGCGGCGGCCCCGCGUGGCGCGGCUGCUGUGCCUGGGCGUGUGGGCGCUCAUCCUGGUGUUCGCCGUGCCCACCGUCCUGGUGCACCGGCCCUCGCCCUGCAGCUACGACGGCGGCCGGGCGCGACUGUGCUUCGAGAGCUUCGGCGACAAGCUGUGGAAGGGCGGGCUGCUGCCGCUCGUGCUGCUGGCCGAGGCGCUGGGCUUCCUGCUGCCGCUCGCGGCCAUGCUCUACUCGUCGGGCCGGGUCUUCUGGACCCUGGCGCGGCCCGACGCCACGCGGAGCCGGCGGCGGCGGAAGACCGUGCGCCUCCUGCUGGCCAACCUCGUCAUCUUCCUGCUGUGCUUCGUGCCCUACAACGCCACGCUGGCCGUCUACGGGCUGCUGCGGGGCAACCUGGUGGCGGCCGGCAGCGAGGCCUGCGACCGGGUGCGCCAGGUGCUCAUGGUGAUGGUGCUGCUGGCCAGCGCCAACUGCGUGCUGGACCCGCUGGUGUACUACUUCAGCGCCGAGGGUUUCCGCAACACCCUGCGCGGCCUGGGCACUUGGCACCGUGCCAGGACCUUGGCCACCAACGGGGCGCAGGGGGCGCUGGCCGAACGGCUCACCGAGACCACCUGCAUCGCGGGGCCGGCUCCCGCCAGCCGAGAGCCUCCCGGGUCCUCCCCCCGGGGGACGCCCUUGACCCAGCGCCGGGAGGACUCGGCCCUCUGAAGUGCCCAACGUGCUGCCGCUCGGUCACCCCCACCUCCCACGCACACGCACACUCGCAGGGUGUGUACAUGAGGGAAGCGGAUUGGGCACUUGGACUUCCGGGUGGCCACUGCUGCCCAUAACUACACAAGAGAACCAAGUGUGGGGAUCCAGGGGCACAGGGAAGAGUGACGGUAGAAAUGCCUUUACUUUGGUGGUGACGGUGAGGUGAGCCGGGGCAGACCCCUUCCCCAGCCCCGAAGAAGAGUUGCUGUGAGCUUUCCCAGUGCAGCGGCCGGCUAGGACCGGAUGACAUGCCCUCGGUGUGGGCAUGAAACACUGUGGAGAGCUAGUAGUUGGAGCAGAAAAUGAGUGUCCUGAAUUUAGACCAACCACGGCAGUCUUCGCGCCUCGGAUGCCACCCACUCUCAUUUCCACCUGGCCUUCCCCUGCCCAGCACUGAGGCAUGAGUUUACUGGAUGCAGACAGAAUUGGUUUCAUUCUUGGUUAGUGACUUGUAACAAUUUAGACCUGAUACCUAGCAUGGGGUGUUUGGGGACAGGACAAAACUGUGAGUUAGAGGCUGUUCCCCCCUCCCAAGAUUCUGGUCCCUUUAGCCCUUUCUAGGUAUCCUUUCUCCUUCCACCCCACCCCGCUUUUGGGACCUCCUCCAUUCUAGGUCCUAAAUUCUCUCUCUCUGCCUCUGCAGCUUCAUCUAGAAUUAAGGAGAAAAUUCUUUGUACUAAAGUAGCAAUUCUCAGACUCUGUUCCUGACCCUUUUACAACUCUUAAAAAUCGAGGAUUCCAAAAAGUUUUUGCUUAUGCUUUUGAUACCAUAAUAGAAAUUAAAACUCGUAAGUUUUAGCAACAGAAACACACAAGCAACACACUCCAUUAGCUGUGAGAGCAAUAAUGUCAUCACACUUCAUGAAGCUUCUAGAAAACACCGUAAGCAAGGAGACUGCACAGGACAAACAACAUGGUGGGAGUAGUAGUAUUCUGAAAAUAACCUUGACCUUGUGGACUUCCUCAAAGAGUCAGUAUUAGAGUUCAUGUGUAACUUCUUCCCAGGGCAUACAUAUACAUUGUUGCUUAUUACUGCCGGAAGGGGCAAUACUCCAUAAAUUAAGUGCUAACAGAGUCCCAAAGUUUUAAGGGUUUGCAGGGGGAGAAGUAGGAGCUGCACCUUCAGUGUAGUGCUACCUUGGGUUUCCUGGUGCUGGGGGCAGCUCUGAGGUGCGGUGAAGUAGUCACACACACACACACACACACACACACACACACACACACACUCAGAGGAGGGGUGGGCUUCUCUUCCUGCAGAGAGAAAAGGGAACUGUUGCCACAGCCAGGAAAGAAGUUUCCAGGGAAAUAAGUGCAAUGGGAGGACAGGAAUAGGCUGUCUGGUUCUGAGCAAGCUGGAGGCAAGGAAAUGGAAGACUGGUUAAUGGACCACCUACUGUUUCCUUCUUCCCUCUUUACCAAGUAGGGCUGGGAGGGGUUGCAGAGUUGGCAUCUUUAGGCUCUGCAUAAGUGAGGAAGUUGCUGCCAUGCGUAUGUCCUGUAUGCAUUUCUGUUUCUGUCUCUAGGUCUUUCUAUGAUGUGUGUGUGUGCGUGUGUGUGUGUGUGUGUGUGUCAGAGAGAGAGAGAGAGAGAGAGAGAGAGAGAGAGAGAGAGAGAGAGAGAGAGAGACUGUCAGGGUCUUCCCCUGUGUGACUAUGUAUUUUAGUUUGGAGUAAGCCUUUUGUGUCUUCAAGAGAAUGCUCCAGAUGGUGAUUUACAGGGGUAAAAUGACCCCUGGUGGCCAAAGCGGGGAACUGACCCAGAUUCCUCCGUGAUAGCUUUCAAGUAGAGCCUUACACCAUCUGGUGGGAAGAUAGAGCCCUGGGCCAGGCCCCCCUGUGGCUCUCCUAGAGGCCUGAUGGUUAGCACCUGCUCCAUCUUGCUUCAUCCUUAGGGUUCAAGACGCAUGCCCCGAGAGCAUAAAAGGUAGUAGUAGUUCAAAGUCUCAGAACUUUGCCCUAUCCAAACUGAACUGAACUGUGUACAGUUUUUAAAAAUUACUUGAGUAUUUUUAUAUUCUGGUAUCUGAACAAAUUCCAGAGUAAUAAAAACUCACAUAGAAAGUAACAUACUAUAUAACUAUUUAUUUUUAUAGUUUUUAGUUUCUUGUCUGUUCCUCCGCCCCUUCCCCUCAGGUAGAAUGUAAGGUCCCUGGGGGCGGGGGGGGGGGAUUUCUGUUUGCUUGGUUCUCUGUUGUAUCUCCAGCAUCUAGAACAGCGCCUCGCACAAAAGAAGCACUUAAUAAAUAUUUUGUUGAAUGAUGAACUGUUGAGUUUUGGUGUGGAGUAGUUUACUGUCUCGUCGGGGACCACAGAACAAGUCAACAAUUACCACUCAAGACAGGAUGCAAGAAGGCAGAGUAAGGUGGUGGAAGUUAAUUUAGUGGGCAUUGGGAAGCUCCUAAAGGUUUCUGAGUGAGGCUCUGCUCACUCUGACAUACCAUGUGGCAUCAGCUGUAGGGAAGUGAGGAAAGGAAGGGGGAAAGGAAGACUGUUUGGGGUGCUGUUAAAAUUGCCAAGGAGAGGUGUGACCAUGGCCUGUGGAGGUGGAUGGAAAUGGGUCAUCUCCAGUGUGAAAUCUCUGGUGUUUAAGCUCUGGUGGGCUGUUGGCCUGCACUCAGUAUAUCCAAAGAGUUCUGAUCACGAGAAUAGAGAGGCAGGAAUAGAUUCGGGAGAUGUGGCAGGCAGAGGAGGCAUGAACAGAAGAACUUUACGAGUAACAAGGUGUGGAAGUCUAAGGACACCUGUAGCCAGCCACUGCCAUUUUCACAGG